UGUAAGGAGCAAUGGCGACGGUCGACGACUCGUGAGGCAGAAACCGCGUCCUGGUUGACCAAAGAGAAGCUUCCAAGAAGCCAAUCACCAACCAAUUGGAAAAUGGAGAGCAUGUCCCCUUCAACUGUCCCGUCACCAUCCGCCACCCCACUCGCCGCCAAGCAGAGGGACGUGCGCACCAAAGCGGCGGGGUCCACCCUGACCUCGGCCCUUUUCUCUAACCUGGGGAAGGCCACCUUGCGUGGAAUCCGCAAGUGUCCACGCUGCGGCGUCUACAACGGCACCCGGGGCCUCAGCUGCAAGAACAAAGUGUGCGGGAUCUCUCUCCGGGACGCCUCCUCAGGGGCCAGGACGGGCAGGAAGGGUGGCGUGGAUGUGGUCAGAGUGAUUUUGGACAGCGAGGAGCCAGAUGGGAAGGAGCGAGACCGUGCCGGAGGAGACGGCACUCAGGUAUUUUCCGUCUGCCACCGAGGACGAGGAUCUGCCCAGCUGGGCUUCGUGGAGUUGGCCCGCACCGCUGCCACCGUCUCUUCAGGUGAGGGAGACCCCCUGCUCUCUCAGAUCACAAUGGGCCGCUGCUACUUGCCGACCUGCGGGCAGGCUCCGAGGUCCGACCGAUUCGAUUCCAGCGCACCCGACGCCCCCUGCGUCCACAUCAAAACCGCUAUCGAGUGCUGCCGAUCCGCCGCGCCUCUCAGCGUAAAGAGCUCCGCCCUAGAGGGGUUGACGGUCUCCUCGCAGACCAAGGAGGAGCUAUGGAGCCUGGCCACCAAAUCCCCGGGGCCCCUGGUGCAGAGGGUGUCCGGGGACACCCUGGUGGUCAAGUGUUGCCCGGAUUCCGCGCACCCUCUGGGCCUUCUACAUUUAACCGUCAGUAGCGGCAGGGCAACGACUGAGAAAGGCGGCGGAAAAACCCGAGGGGUGACGUUUCACUGCGCCUGCCACCCCGGUAAGGCCGAGGAGACGGACGCCGUCGAUGGCUCGGAUCCUUCUCAGCCGUGCCUGCACGUCUACGCCUGCGUAUGCGCCUUCGCCAGUGAUGAGAAGCUGGCGUCAGAAUUCGCUGCGUUUAUCAACUCUGCGACAAGUGGUACGAGUGCUGCUAAUAUCAUCAGCGCAUACAUCUCACAGACCCCACCCGGCAGAAUCCUCGUUCCCUGCGAGAGGCCCUGUUCGCUGCCAACGGAGAUGGCUAAAUCUCCUCACAAAGCCAAGAAACCGCGACUGGAUGAAAGUCUUUUGGGUGGUGGUCAAGUAAUGGACGAGGCCUCUGUCUCCAUGGGUUUCCACCAGUGGCUUGCUAGUGUCACUGAGAGGAUCCAGCAGACUAUGCAUUACCAGUUUGACGGGAAACCUGAACCUCUAGUGUACCACAUCCCGCAGCACUUCUUCAACGCCCUGCAGCAUCGGCUAUCACUGGGCUCUAAAAGACGGUUGCCUAACUUCACCACAGUGCUGGUGAGGAACGACGGUGUCCCUCAGGGCUCCUCCUCCAAGUACACCUGGCACAUCACCAACCUCCCAGAAGUCAAACGGAUCUUUGACACCCCGGAGGUGCAGCUGGAGGUCACUCAGAGUUUCGUCCGGAAUGUCGACGGUUCCUACUCGCGCUUCCACUGUUCACAACCUCCAGGUGGGAUCAGGACGGAUGGGACGCUGCCCAUUCGUCCCAUGGAGCUGCAGACUUUCCUUAAAGUUGGACCUGGCUCAGAAGACCCCAAGGAGCCUGGCCCCUUGGUCAUCGAAUGGACCCCUGACGUGCUCCCUCGCUGCCACGUGGGUGAGCUGAGGAUUCUCUACCAGUUCGGACACCAGAGGAGCGGACAGCAGCUGGAAUGGACUGAGAAAGACGGUUACGUCAAAAGUGAGCCUUCAUCGGCAAGUUAAAAAAAAAAAUUAUAUUGAUUAACUCAUUCACUCCCAGCCAUUUUCACCGGAGCAAGGCCCUUCGCUCCCGGCCAUUUUACUGGAUUUUGACUGAUUUUGCAAGGCCCACAGAAAAUUCUGUUCUACUGCUAUAUAAACAUGAAACCCACCAAAAGAAAGAUUAGACUCUCUCCUUUCAGCAGAGAAAAAGUUAGUUCAUAUUUUUUUCCAUUCUUUAGAAAUCAGCAUUAGAAAAUAGCUUAGUUUGAGGAAUUUUCCAAUUUCUGAUGAAAAAACGGAGAAAUUGAGCUUUUUGUGAAAGCAUACAUUUCAAACAUAACUUUGACUUAUACACAACUAUUUUUUGCUUUAGUUACAUCACAAACAUCUGAAUAAUGUUUUCCUUCUACAAAAUAGGAUAAACAACAAGACAAAUAGAGCUUUUGAUAGCAAAGUAACAAUUUAUUUACACAUAACUAACUGAAAGAUGACGCUGUUCUGGCCGCGACAGCCGGUUAAACUUUUCCCUCAUCGCCGUCUGUCUCAUAAAGAUGAAUUUUUUUGAGUCUCUGAGGGCUCUGCUCGCGAGCAGCACGGACUCAAAGGCAUCGCCCGCUGCACUAGUGGUCCCGGUCAUUCUGCUCGGUUGUCCAGCGCCUGGCAUCCCGGGCGUCCUACCGGUUGUUCUGCUCGGUUGUCCACCGCCUUGCAUCCAUUCGGUCGUCUUCCGCCGGCGCUUGACCGUUCGUUGCUGUUGAAUUGGGUUGCAGGUCUUACCAAAUGCGCUACUGCCGCCCAGUGGCCAGUUUUAUUGCUUUAAAAUGGAUUUUCAGCUUUGUGCUUUGGAGCUAAAUUGAAUCACGACCCCUUAUAAAUAUUUUAUAAGGGUUGAAAAGUUACCUAGUGUUGCUUAGAUAUUUAAUAUUGUGUAUGUAAUAUUAAAUAAAAUGCACAAAAGUGUGUUGAGAACAUAAGUGCUUGUUUUGUGUGCAAAAUAAUGUGAUUAAUGUACACGAGACCUUUUUUUUCAGGAAUAUUUAUAUUUUGUGUAUUCUUAACGGGAAUGUUUUAAAAAAAAAAGUUUUAUAAUUAUAUUCAUUUAAAUUUUAUGUAUUCGUGGAAUAUUUGUAAAAUGAUUUUGGGCGUAUACUUUUUUUUUUUAAGUUUUAAUUUACAACUGUUGAAUGUUUAUUUUUAACAUACUUUUAAAUUUGUUAUGUUAUACUUGGUAUAUUUUGAAAUGGAGUUUUAAAAUUGUAUCGCUUGAACACAUUUUUUCAUCAAAAAUAUAUUUGUGUUUCAUUAUUUUUUUUCAUUAAAAAUAACUUUGAAUGUAUUUUUCAUUUUUUUAUACUGUAUUCCUUUGAAUUUGCUGUAUUUUUUUUUAUUACUUAAAAAAAAUGCAUUAAUUUAAAAUGCGUUCAUUUAUUUUUUGGGGAGGUGGGGGUCGAAUUUCAAUUAUUAAUUUUAGUGCCGUUUAAUAUGUGAAAACGAAACAAUUUAUGAAUAAAAUAAAAUAAAU